GGAAUAAAGAAGAGUUAAUGUCCGCCUUAUCAAAAAAAAAAAAAGUUAAUUAAGUGUUCCUCCUGCACAUCUUAACUGCAUGGGACGUGACAUUGUUGUGAACGAUGACACGUGCUUGCAACUUACGGCGAGUGUUGCCACGAGACCACGACGCGGGCCACGUGGCCCACAUGCAGCCCCAACCGAGACCGUUUUAAGCGAGGCCAGGGAUGUUGUUCAAGUGGGGUGGGAUUCGGUGAAUCGGAGCCGUUGAAAGAUGCCGGGGCUAACGAUCGGCGACACGAUCCCGAACCUGGAGGUGGAGACCACGCACGGGAAGAUCCGGAUCCACGACUACGUCGGCGAUGGUUGGGCCAUCAUCUUCUCCCAUCCCGCGGAUUUCACACCCGUGUGCACGACGGAGCUGGGGAAGAUGGCGGCGUACGCGGAGGAGUUCGAGAAAAGAGGGGUGAAGCUGCUAGGCAUCUCCUGCGACGAUGUCAAGUGCCACAUGGAAUGGAUCAAAGACGUCGAGGCCUACACGCCCGGAUGUCGCGUAACAUAUCCAAUUGUAGCCGACCCCAAGAGGGAGGUGAUCAAACUGCUGAACAUGGUAGACCCUGAGGAGAAGGACUCAAAUGGGAACCAGCUCCCGUCACGGGCCCUUCAUAUAGUGGGCCCUGAUAAGAAGGUUAAGCUGAGCUUUCUGUACCCGGCGUCGACGGGGCGGAACAUGGAGGAGGUGGUCAGGGUGUUGGAGUCGCUUCAGAAGACGAUCAAGUAUAAGGUGGCGACCCCAGCGAACUGGAAACCGGGGGAGCCGGUGGUGAUCUCGCCGAGCGUGUCCAAUGAGGAGGCCAAGCAGAUGUUCCCGCAGGGAGUUGAGAAUGUGAAUCUCCCAUCGAAGAAGGAUUACCUCCGCUUCACAAAAGUCUAAUGUUGUUGGGCCGUCCGUGAUAUGUUCAUAAGUGGUUUCUGGGGCCCGACUGUAUACUGUGUUGUCGUGUUAUAUGUUUGUGUUGGUAUCAUGUAGUUUGUGCCUUAGGGGAGUUUGGAUAUUAAUUUGUAGUUUAUGUUAAUUAUUAAAGUUUUUACCAUGAGAUUAAGAUAGG